GCAGAUAGAGCUGGCAGAGGGAGCUGGCGCUUUACGUAAAUCUACACAGUUUUUUUUUUCUUACAGCUGAAGUUCUUGAUCAUUUUGGGACCUUGGUAUUUUGAAAAUAUUCCGGAAGUUCUUGUGUGAAGCGUCUCGAGGACGCUGAUGGUAAGGAGCGGCAGCUGCGACAGACGCACGGAGCCAGCGGGACACAGCAGCACCGGGGCUCGGCGCAGAUGGAGUGAAACAUGGGCCCUGCGCCAUGGCUCGAUCCGGCAGCACAGGCGCGGACGGCGAGAAGUCCCGCGCCCCCGCGGACCGCAGCGACCUCCAGGAACUGUCGCUGGAGGAGGUGCUGAAAUCCUAUGAGCAACCCAUCAACGAGGAGCAGGCAUGGGCCGUGUGUUUCCAGUGCUGCAGCGGGCUCCGACCGAUCCGACCGCCCCACCCGCUCGGCCCGGUCAUUCAACUGUCCUCCAUCCUGCUGCACCGGGACGGCACCGUGACGCUUCGGCAGCACUCUCAUCUCUGCGUGGACCAUGAAGGAGCUGGAAGCUCACUGGCAGUUGAACGUCAGCUGGUGCAGACUCUGGGCGUGGCCAUCUACAGAGCUCUGGACUGGGGGCUGGAUGCCAGUGAGGAGCGGGAGCUGAGUCCUCAGCUAGAGCAGCUCAUAGAAGGCAUGGCUGGCGGGGAGGCGGACAGUGGUGGGGGCAGUGGCACUUCUGAUGAGGGCUACAGUGGCCCAGAAGAGGAGGAGGAGCUGGAGGAGGAGCAGGAGCCUGGGGCACGACCGGUCUGCUCCCUCCGCCGGGUGAUGGCGCUGUGUGCAUGUCGUCUGGCUGAGCCUGGCCUGGCAGCAGAGCACUACCAGGCUGUGUGCAGAGCCCUGUUUGUGGAGACUCUGGAGCUGCAGACCUUCCUCCUGAAGAUCCGAGAUGCCAAAGAGAUGUUGAAGAAGAUGAAUACAGAGGACAGUGUGGAGGACCGGUCCACUGCAGAGCUGGACACUCUGCAGCAUCGAGACUGGGCUCGUCUGUGGGUGCAGCUCAUGAAGGAGUUGAGGCAGGGGGUGAAGCUGAAGCAGGUGCAGGAGACUGCGUUCCCUCCUCUUCCGUCGGAGUUCAGCCUGACACCCUUUGAGAUGCUCAUGCAGGACAUCCGCACACGCAAGUUCCAACUGCGCAAAGUCAUGGUGGAUGGGGACAUUCCUACACGAGUCAAGAGGAAUGCACAUGAGCUGAUCCUGGACUUCAUCCGCUCCAGACCUCCUCUCAAACCGGUUUCGGAGCGCUCCCUGCCCCCUCCACCCCCACAGCCGCAGAGCCUCCAUGAGCAGGUCCUGGCUCAGAUCAAGCAGGAGCGGAAGCUGCGCCAUGUCCCACCAGCCAGACCGUUCGGCUCGCUGCCCUGCCUGGCGCAGCACUGCUCCUGUCAACUUAAAUCCAGCUCCUGCAUGGACCUAUCGGUGUCCCGACCCCGCGUCCUUCUCAAGGCCCCCACGCUGGCUGAAAUGGAAGAGAUGAACAGUUCUGAGGAGGAGGAGUCUCCAGAGGGGGCGGAGCUAUACAGGACCGACACCAUUGGCCCUCUUAAACGAGACCGCUCUUUCUCCGAGCAGGAUGUGGCUCUGCUCCGAGGGGACCGGGCAGGGCCACUGAGAGCCAGGACUCUGCCCACAGCGAGACCCCCGCCUCAGCACAGAGCCUCAUUCCCGGGCCAAGCCUGGGCCCCUCCACCGACCCCUCCACCGGCCCCACGGUCCCUUAGCGCGCUGCAUGAGAGCCCUGAUUCAGAUGUGCACCUCUGGAUGGAAGAGUUCAGUCAUCCUGUAGAGAGUCUGGCCCUGACCGUGGAUGAGGUCAUCAAUGUGCGCCGUGUGCUGGUCAAGGCAGAGAUGGAAAAAUACCUUCAGAGCAAGGAGCUGUACAAUAACCUGAAGAGAGGCAAAGUGUGCUGCUGCUGUAGAGUGCGUUUCCCUCUCCUAUCAUGGCCCUCGUCCUGCCUAUUCUGCAAGAGGUCUGUAUGCAGUGCCUGCAGUGCCAAGAUGAAGAUUCCUUCCAAAAAGAUGGCUCACAUUCCAGUAUAUGCUGUGGGCUUUCAUGUGGCUCCCAAAGACCCAGUACACAAAAGCCAAGUCUUCAAGUGUUUGCAUGGUUUGUGUGGGCGUGCAGUGGAGGAGGAGUUCCCUCACCUGUAUGCCCACGGCUGCAGCCUGCGUGACGUCUGCUCCGACUGCUCCAAGUUUGUGGCUGACGUGGUCUCCUCCAGCCGCCGGAGCUUGGACAUUCUCAACACGCCCAAGAGAGACCUGAAAACUGCUGCUCCUCCUGCCAAAAGGCCUCCACCAGCUGUACCCUAGACCUCCAAACUGAGGCCCACUAGAUCCCCCCCCCCACCAACCCCUCAUCUACAAUCCUCCACCUGAUAUCCUCCAAGAACCCAUCACGUGUUGUUCCUAGAUCCCAUUACCUGUUAUCCACUAGAUCCCCCCCACUAGCCUCACCUACAACACUCCACCAGCUGUGCCCAGGGCCCUUCUAACUGAGCUCCACAAGAUCCGUCCCUCUGGUGUACAUUAGAUUCCUCCACCUGAUAUCCCCAAGAACCCUUCACACGAUCCUUCCACCAGCCUCACCUACAACGCCCCACUAGCUGUACCCUAGACCCUCCUAACUGAGGUCCACUAGAUUCCUCCACCUGCUGUCCCUAUAAACCUUCACGAGGUGUCCUUUAGACCCUCCCGCCACCAAGUUUACCUACACUUGCUAAACCCUUGAACUUUCAUUUGUGCCCUACCCUUCCUUUAGACCAUUCACUGUCCACCCCUCACAAUCCAUCCUACACAUGACGAAGAGCGUGGGACAAUCUUGUGGCUGGCAGUCUUCCCAGUCACCCCCUCCCUUUGACCACUCCCCCUCGGACAGGCUCCUACACGGGUGAAGUUCGACACGUGCGGUUAUCCAAAGAACCUAUACCAUUUCACCACAUCGACAAAAUGAACUGAGAACUUAUAUUUUAGCACUUUUAGUUUAAGCACUUAGGCAACUCCCUCCGACAAAGAACCCCCUAGCAUCGUCCGUCACAUUUAUCACAGUCAUGAUUUUAACGGAGCAAAGUUGCGUAGCACAGAUCAACAUGUAAUGCUAGCGUGCAAGCUAUCUGCAGUUGCCUUGAUUUGCCAUGAAUGUAACUUAGAGAAUCACAAUUGUAAA